GGGUGUUGGGGAGUGACUCCAGGUUCCCUCUGCUCUCAAAGGGAAUAUGGCAGACCCUGAAGACCCCCGUGAUGCUGGGGACAUGCUGGGGGAUGACUCCUUCCCACUCUCCUCACUGGCCAACCUGUUUGAGGUGGAAGACACCCCAUCCCCUGCUGAGCCAUCCCGGGGACCCCCUGGUGCUGUGGAUGGAAAGCAAAACCUCCGGAUGAAAUUUCACGGGGCGUUCCGAAAAGGUCCCCCAAAACCCAUGGAGCUGCUGGAAUCCACCAUCUAUGAGUCGUCGGUUGUCCCAGCACCCAAGAAGGCCCCCAUGGAUUCCCUCUUCGACUACGGCACCUACAGGCAGCACCCCAGCGAGAACAAACGCUGGCGCAGGAGGGUCGUGGAGAAGCCGGUGUCUGGCACCAAGGGGCCGGCUCCCAACCCACCGCCCGUCCUCAAGGUGUUCAACAGACCCAUCCUCUUUGACAUUGUCUCCCGGGGGUCCCCAGAUGGCUUAGAGGGUCUCCUCUCCUUCCUGCUCACCCACAAGAAGCGUCUGACGGAUGAGGAGUUCCGAGAGCCCUCAACGGGGAAGACGUGUCUGCCCAAGGCGCUGCUCAACCUGAGUGCAGGCCGAAACGACACCAUCCCCAUCCUCCUGGAUAUUGCUGAGAAGACGGGAAACAUGCGGGAGUUCAUCAACUCACCCUUCCGUGAUGUCUACUACCGAGGUCAGACAGCGCUGCACAUCGCCAUUGAGCGCCGCUGCAAGCACUACGUGGAGCUGCUGGUGGAGAAGGGUGCUGAUGUGCACGCCCAGGCCCGUGGUCGCUUCUUCCAGCCCAAGGAUGAGGGCGGCUACUUCUAUUUUGGUGAGCAGAGGAGACUGGCAGCACCACAGCCGCAUACCCAGGGCUGUCCCCAAUCGUAUGCUGUCCCUGCAGGAGAGCUGCCCCUUUCACUGGCUGCCUGCACCAACCAGCCCCACAUCGUGCACUAUCUGACGGAGAAUGGGCACAAGCAGGCAGACCUGCGGCGCCAGGACUCGCGUGGCAACACCGUGCUGCAUGCUCUGGUUGCCAUCGCUGACAACACCCGCGAGAACACCAAGUUUGUCACCAAGAUGUACGACCUGCUCCUCAUCAAGUGCGCCAAGCUUUUCCCCGACACCAAUCUUGAGGCCCUGCUCAACAACGAUGGCCUCUCUCCACUCAUGAUGGCUGCCAAGACCGGCAAGAUCGGGAUCUUCCAGCACAUCAUCCGCCGAGAGAUUGCAGAUGAGGACGUCCGGCACCUCUCGCGCAAGUUCAAGGAUUGGGCAUACGGCCCCGUCUACUCCUCACUCUAUGAUCUCUCCUCACUGGAUACCUGUGGGGAGGAGGUGUCCGUGUUGGAGAUCCUUGUUUACAACAGCAAGAUUGAGAACCGCCAUGAGAUGUUGGCCGUGGAGCCCAUCAACGAACUGCUGCGCGACAAGUGGCGCAAGUUUGGUGCCGUCUCCUUCUACAUCAGCGUGGUCUCCUACCUCUGUGCCAUGAUCAUCUUCACCCUCAUCGCCUACUACCGCCCUAUGGAAGGCCCUCCACCGUACCCUUACACUACGACCAUCGACUACCUGCGGCUGGCUGGGGAGAUCAUCACCCUCCUCACCGGCAUCCUCUUCUUCUUCUCCAAUAUCAAAGAUCUCUUCAUGAAGAAGUGCCCAGGUGUGAACUCAUUCUUCAUCGAUGGCUCGUUCCAGCUGCUCUACUUCAUCUACUCGGUGCUGGUGAUCGUCACGGCAGGGCUGUACCUGGGCGGCGUUGAGGCUUACCUGGCUGUCAUGGUCUUUGCUUUGGUCCUGGGCUGGAUGAACGCACUCUACUUCACGCGAGGUCUCAAGCUGACGGGGACCUACAGCAUCAUGAUCCAGAAGAUCCUCUUCAAAGACCUGUUCCGCUUCCUCCUGGUCUAUCUGCUCUUCAUGAUUGGCUAUGCCUCAGCACUGGUGUCCCUCCUGAACCCGUGUCCCAGCAGUGAGUCCUGCAGUGAGGAGCACUCUAACUGCACGCUGCCCACCUACCCCUCAUGCCGGGACAGUCAGACCUUCAGCACCUUCCUGCUUGACCUCUUCAAGCUCACCAUUGGCAUGGGUGACCUGGAGAUGCUGGAGAGCGCCAAGUACCCAGGUGUCUUCAUCAUCCUGCUUGUCACCUACAUCAUCCUCACCUUCGUGCUGCUCCUCAACAUGCUUAUCGCCCUCAUGGGUGAGACCGUGGGCCAGGUGUCCAAGGAGAGCAAACACAUCUGGAAGUUGCAGUGGGCCACCACCAUCCUGGACAUUGAGCGCUCCUUCCCUCUCUUCCUGCGGAGAGCAUUCCGCUCUGGGGAGAUGGUGACCGUGGGGAAAGGCACUGAUGGGACCCCUGACCGUCGUUGGUGUUUCAGGGUGGAUGAGGUGAACUGGUCCCACUGGAACCAGAACCUGGGCAUCAUCAGUGAGGACCCUGGCAAGAGCGAUACAUACCAGUACUACGGCUUCUCCCACACUGUGGGGCGGCUGCGGAGAGGUGAGCGGGGUGGGGGCAGCCCUGGGCCCACAGGUGAGUACGAAGCUGGGAGCUCUGAGUGUUUCUCAGUUUCUGCAGAUCGAUGGUCAACAGUGGUGCCACGUGUGGUGGAGCUCAACAAGAGUUGCCCAACAGAAGAUGUAGUUGUGCCAUUGGGGACCACGGGCACAGCAGAGGCACGGGAGCGACGGCACGGGCAGACCCCCAGCUCCCUGCUCUAGCAUGGACUCCGCCUGGCCCCACA